AUGUUGUCGCCUUUCAUCGUUUCGCUGAUCCUUGCGAUUGCACCGGGGGUUAUUGCUCAGAAUACGACGAACACGACAUCUUUAAUUGAAGAGCUCAUCGUAGCCCCCGAUCAUGUCGGCCGUGUUGCUGACCUUCCGAAGGACUCUGAGUUCGUCUUCGACUUCUUGAAACCCCCGGCAGCCAGUGUUGUCCAAGGUGCCGCUGGACAUCUCGUACUGGCAUCGGUUGCCGCUUUCCCUGCCCUGGUUGGUAACGGUGUUGCACUACUGGCAGGGUUCCUCGGGCCUUGCGGAAUGAACACGCCACAUACCCAUCCGCGCGCAACCGAGUUUUUGUACCUGGUCAACGGUACCUUGCAGAACGGCAUGAUCACCGAGACCGGGUCACGAUUCGUCGUCAAUAACAUAACGGCAGGCCAGGGAAUGCUUCUGCCUCAGGGUUCCAUCCACUUCCAGUUCAAUGAUAACUGCGAACCUGUUCAAUUCGUUUCGGCACUGAACUCGGAGGACCCUGGCACCUUGCUCGCUGCGCAGGGCUUGUUUGGCUUGCCUGCUGCUAUCGUGGCUGCAACUCUGGGAGAGAUCGGCGUCGAAGAAGUAGCCAGUCUUGCAGAGAUGAUUCCAGAUGACGUAGCUUAUGGAUCCCAGGAAUGCCUGACGCGUUGCGGCAUCUCUGUCGGCCCAGGUGCACAACCGACCAACGAGCAAGUGCCCAGGGUUUCGGGGAACACUCUUCCUUCCGAGUCGGUCAGCGCGUCGACCACAACGGCGAAGUCGACAGCGAAAGCCGAAGUGACGAACCAGAGCCGUGAUCUCCUCGGUGGACUUGCUUCUGACGACGAGUCGGAGCAGCCGGUUGUCUUGGGAGAUAUCUCAUACAACUCCGAGAAGGGCUCGGGGGACCACGCUGCCUUGACUGCACUGGUCAUACUCGUCAUGGCCAUGGGAUCCGGUUACAUCAGCCUCGCAGUUCUCUUCUAUGUGCGUCGCAAUAAGGCUGCCAAGGCUCAUGGGCGCGGUCCCGCAUGGGCCACUUCCGAGGCGAUGGAAACUGCGGCACUGACGUCUCCCCUCGAGAAGUACGGCAAAGAUGAAGAGUCGUAUCGUUUUGCUGGCAAAUCUUCAUGA